GCAAUGCCGAGUCACGGCUGUUGGCCGGCCGGCUGCCACGCCUUCGGGAUCAACCACUUUUACUUUUAAGGUGUUAUGUUGUGUAGAGGGGCGAGUAAAAUCGGCGCGAGUGCGAAGGUUCUCUUCCAGUAUAGGUCGCAGGCGGCGCACCGUGACACGCUUCGCCUCCCUGCGUAGCUCGCGAAUUUGUGGUUGAACACGUGCUGCGACUUGCGACUUGCGACUUGCGACCGAUCGCACGCUUCCCCGGCUACCGGCGCCAACGCCACGCUCCGUAAAAACAGAUUUACAACAAUGAGGAGCCACAUCGUACUCCUGCUGGCUUACGUAGCCACCGCCAGUGCCUCUCUAGAAAUAGUCAACCAAUGGAGCUUCAUGCAGUUUGACUUUCCCCCUGAUCCAGUGCUCUUGGAGAAGUUCCAACCUGAGAACACCGUUCCGACGGGACUUGAGAUCGGCUGGGAUAGGAUCUACUUGGGAAUACCUCGAUUGAGGGCAGGAGUGCCAGCAACUUUGGCUUGGAUACCACGCAGCUUGCCCCCAGGCGUCAGUCCUGUUCUUCAGGCCUACCCUGAUUGGUCAUGGCACACGGCUGGUCGAGGCGACAUCAACUGCACAGGUCUGAUCUCCGUGUACCGCGUGCGAGCUGAUAGAUGCAACCGACUCUGGGUCUUAGAUGCUGGAGUAGUGACCAGUAUCGAUGACUUCAGAAGAGUCUGUCCUCCCAAGAUCCUGAUCUUCGAUAUGGCAACCGACCGAUUGGUGAGUUGA